AUGGCGGUUAAAGAUGGUACGAUGCGUGUACCAUAUUCUAAAAGAUCAAAAAACAUGGAUAACGAGGAUUGUCUUUUUCUCAAUGUUUAUACACCAUUGAAAAAAAUGCUUCCUGUAAUGGUGUAUAUUCACGAAGGGGCAUAUCUUUAUGGAAGUAGUAGUUCUCUUGAGUUCGGUCCAGAAUAUCUGCUCGACAGUGAUGUGGUUCUAGUAACCAUGGAUUGCAGGUUAGGUUUAUUGGGAUUUCUAAGCACCGGGAAUGGCGAAGCUCCUGGAAAUUUCGGAUUGAAGGAUCAAGUUCUUGCACUUCUCUGGGUUCAAGAAAACAUUCCGAAUUUUGGCGGAAAUCCACAAAAGGUCACUCUUUUUGGUCUAAGCUCUCAAUCUAACUGUGUUCACUUUCAUACUCUCUCAGAUGCUUCUAAUGGCCUAUUUCAUCAAUACAUCAUGCAAGGUGGAGAUGCAAUCAGUUAUAGAUCCUUCCAAGAAAGGAGAGAAUAUUCUAAAUUUUCGAAGGCAGUUGGAGAACGGUUCGGUUGUCCCUUCAACAAUUCUCGAUUGUUGGUCAAUUAUUUGAGAAAUGAUAAAGCCACACGCUUAUACGAUUCGAUUUCCGUAUUCAACAAAACAUGGCAACUUUUAGAAAUGAUGUGUACACCCACUAAUGAACCGAAUAUUGAUGGCGUCUUUAUUACAGAUACGCCUUUUAAUUUGCUGAGGGGAAAAAGUAGAAAAGAUUAUCCUUUUAUUAACGGAAUGACAAAAGAUGAAGAACUUUACUUCUAG